AUGUCUUUGCUAGAAAAUAUAACUUCGACGGAGCAACAAUAUUCGGAAAAUGUUUUCGAGAGCUCGUCGAUGGCGUCGACACCACCUUCUUCUCAGAUGAAUCCUCAAAACUCUUACUUUCCUGGAAAUCGAGACAGUUUGUCGAGUCAUGGAUACGUUUGGGAUAACUUUCCGAAUCCCUGCAAUAUCUCAACGUCGGUUAACACAUUGAAUGAACUUAGUUUGUCACCGUUUUAUACCACGAGCUUCCAACAUUCUAACACGAAUCGAAAUUACAGGAUAUAUAGAAGGUGGGAACAAUGUUCGCAUCAAAAUUCUAGCAUCGACGAAGAGGAUAUAAUGGACGAAUCGAUGGAAAAUGUAAAUAUAAAUCCUACGGAACAAUCUGUAGAUUUUAUCUGCGAAAAAACUCAGGAUCGUCAAGUUUCUACGACUACGACGGUAUUUCGAGCCUGGGAGAUUCCAUCGUGUCAAAACACUGGGCAAAACGCAGAGGACGAAGCGAAAUAUCGUUCGUGGCAAGAUUCACGAUUCACCAUCAAUCUAAGCAACAAUUGCUUCGAUAAAGGAGCGUGUUCUGUAGAACGAGAGCAUGAGACAAAUAAAAGAUUAACUGGAGAUAAACCUCGUAAAGAAAGAACUGCAUUUACAAAAUAUCAAAUUCGACAUCUUGAGUAUGAAUUUGCACAUAGUAAUUAUCUUACACGUUUACGUCGCUACGAAAUAGCAGUUGCCUUGGAUUUAACCGAACGUCAGGUAAAAGUAUGGUUUCAAAACAGACGUAUGAAAUGGAAGAGGACAAAAGCAGGAUUACGAAAUGAAUCAGAAAAGUUUAAUAUUUCUUGA